AUGUCGGAGAGCCAACCAUUCGAAUUGCAAAUUCCAGUGCCGUGGGGAUACAUCGCUGGCUGCUGGUAUGGUAAUCAACACGCACGUCCCCUGCUCGCCUUGCACGGUUGGCAAGAUAAUGUCGGCAGUUUCGCCCGCUUAGCUCCGCUUAUUGCUCCACACCGGCCCAUACUAGCCAUUGAUUUGCCGGGUCACGGUCGUUCCUCACACUUUCCAGCCGGUCUUUAUUAUCACUUCAAUGACUUUGUACGCAUAGUUCAUCGUAUUGUUCGUUACUAUAAAUGGCAUAAAAUCUCUUUUAUUGGUCACUCAAUGGGAGCUGCACUUAGUUUCUAUUAUGCCGCACUUUUUCCAAACAAGGUGGACAUGAUCAUUGCCAUCGAUGCGUUGACUACGCCUUAUUUUUUGCCAAAUAUACAAAUUACUUUGACAUCUGUGAUGAUGGAGAAGACAUUAAACGCCGAGGAUCGCUGGUUGAAAGAGCCUGCGCCACUUUAUACCUAUGAGGGCUUGGAAGAUUUGCUAUAUCGUGGUUCAGAGCAGUCUGUGGAAUUGGCACAUUGUAAAUUUCUGCUGGAACGUAGUGUUAAACGGUCGGAGUGCAACUCUGACUUGUAUUAUUUCUCACGCGACGCGCGAGUUAAGCUUUUAGAUAUGGUUUUUACUCAGCCUGAAUUGGUGCUGGCAAUGGCUGAACGUUUGCACAAUAUCCAUUAUCUCGUCAUUAAAGCUGAAUUUUCGGAAUAUAUAAAGGAGGAGAAUCUUAAGGAAGUCAUCAGUGUUUUACGUGCCAAUAAUCGCACAUUCGAGUUUCAUCUGUUGAAAGGAGAAAAGCAUCACGUUCAUUUGAAUAACCCUGAGCGAGUGGCGUCGUAUAUAGUGCCAUUUUUACGAAUGAAUGACGUUCACGGGAUAGAGCCAAUUGCGAAGCUUUAG